ACUACUGCCUGAUCUGUAAAGAACAUAUUGGGUAAUGCUCUUCUGGCUGACCAGAAUGUUGUCAUUCCCAUUGAAUGAAGCUUGCUGCUUCCUUUGGAUUUCCUGUGUUUUCAUUUCUGCAGUGCAGCAAGGAACAGAAGACUUCCAGUGUGACAAUGGAGUCCCCUUGCCUCUUGACAAUGUGUGUGACUUCACAGACCAGUGUGGGGACAACAGCGAUGAACAGCCAUGCUCCAAUUAUGAAAGAUGUGAUUUUGAGGAUGGGCUCUGUACUAUGACACAGGAUCAAAGUCUGCAACUUGGAUGGACAAAGAGAAAUGGAAUGUCUGAUACUUCACCUCCAUUCUAUGAUCACAACGGUGAUAUGUCUGCCCAUUUCCUCUCAUUGGUCACCAGAUUAGAUUCUACUUCCUCAAACUUAAGAAGCAGAAUUUUCCUUCCGACUAAUAAACAAAAUGCUUGUCAGGUUACAUUUUAUCACUUCUUUAGCCAAGUGAGUGGAAAAUUAAUGGUGGGUCUUCAAACUGCCUGUGAUAGUGCUAUUCAGCAUUUGUGGCAAAACACAGCUGGGCUCAAAGAUGCGUGGGAGAGAAACGUUAUCAAAAUCCAUAGCUCACAGAGAUUUCAGAUUGUUAUUCACGGUCAAAUGAUUUCAGCUCACGAGCAGAAUGAAGUCAUAGCUAUUGAUGAUAUAUCUUUCAGUCCAGGUUGCCUUCCUGCCAACAAUGAAAGUUUACAGUGUCAAGAAACAUCAAAUACCAAGCAGGAGCUAUGCAAUCCAGAUACAAAUCUCUGCCAAUUUGACUCUACAGAUGGAGGAUUAAGGUUGUGUCAAGCCUGUGGAUUUGAAUUUGGCAUGUGUGACUGGUCAUCAGAAGUAUCUGCUGGACAAAUUUCCUGGACUCUCACAAAAGCAAGAGAAGUUCCUGCAUUAGAAUCUACACCUCGUCAAGAUCAGAGUGGUGAUGAUGAAGGUUAUUAUGUAUGGAUAGGUGCUAAGCAAACUUUUAACCAUCUAGACAGCAAAGCUUAUCUGAAUAGCUCUGUGUGUCACUGCUUGGGCAAGGGCUGCCAUCUUCAAUUCUAUUACUCUCUGGAAGAGAGUGUUCUGAGAGUAGGGCUAUAUAAUAAUAAGGAAGAAGAAAUGUUGUGGACAUACAACACAUCAACUCACAGCAAGUGGGUCAAAGCUGAUGUGUUAAUACCAGAAGAUAUGGAGCAAUUUAAGAUUAUUUUUGAAGGGACUCUUUUGAGCCAAAGAGGUUUCAUUGGUCUCGAUCACCUCUGGGUCUACGCCUGUGUACAGGCUCAAUCCAGAGAGCUUUGCCCUGCAGAUGAGUUCGCUUGUGCUACUGGCCAGUGCAUUGCCCAGGAAUUAGUGUGUGACGCUCGGCAGGACUGCGCUGACGGGAGUGAUGAGGCCCCGGAAACUUGCUCAUCAAAUCAUAUCAUGUGUGACUUCGAGACUGGUUUCUGUGGCUGGAAGCAGUUACUCACGGAAGACCCACUCUGGGAACUAGUGAAUGGUCUGAUGGGUGGAGAGCACCAUCUUCCCGAUGCUGACCACACAACAAACACAAGUCAUGGAUCAUUCAUUUACUUUGGGACACAUCAGCCUCCUGGGGUGGCUAAGCUUGGAAGUCCUAUCCUUACAAAAUUGCCCACGGCCUCUACCCCAUGUCAGGUGUGGUUUUGGUAUUACUUGUCUCAGCAUUCAUGUCUCUCAGUUUUUACAAGAACAUCACUGGAUGGCAAGCUGCAUAAGCAAUGUGAUCUAAUUGGAUUCUCCAAAUCACAGUGGAGCCAAGCAAAAAUCGAUCUCGAUGUACAGGCUGGGGAAUCUACUCUGCCUUUCCAGUUAAUUUUCGAAGCUACUGUUUUAUCAUCAAAUGCUACAGUUGCUCUCGAUGACAUCGGUAUUUCCCAAGAAUGUGAAAUUUCAAUUAAGUCACUUCCAGAUACCAGCAUACAAAAUGAAGCUUCCGAAUGUGAUUUUGAAGAAAACAGCUGUGGUUGGUUUGAAGCCAUUAGUGGGGACCACUUUAACUGGAUAUGGGGCUCCAGAAGCAACCUUUCUGCUGAUUUUGAGCAACAGGCUCCACCUCAGGAUCACACUCGCAACACAGCUCGAGGGCAUUUUAUGUUUAUUCUGAAGCAAAACAGCACCUUCUUACAAGUUGCUAAACUCCAGAGCCCAGUUUUCAGCCAGACAGGACCUGAAUGUACACUUUCUUUCUGGUUUUAUAACUAUGGCCUUUUGGUGGGAGCAGCUGAACUGCAGCUACAUGUGGGAAGAUCCAGUGACUCCACAGUGCUCUGGAGGGUCUUAUAUAACCAGGGCAACCAGUGGUCAGAGGCCACCAUUCAGCUUGGGCGCCUGACUCAACCCUUCUAUUUGUCACUAGAUAAAGUCAGUUUUGGCAUUUAUGAUGGGAUCUCAGCUAUUGAUGAUAUCAGAUUUGAAAAUUGUACACUUCCCCUCCCUGCUGAGAGCUGUGAAGGGCCAGGUCAUUUCUGGUGUAAAUACACCAAGGCUUGUGUAGAAAAGCUUCGGUUAUGUGAUCUGGUGGAUGACUGUGGUGAUAAUACUGAUGAGGCCGACUGUGCACCUGAUCUACAAUGUAACUUUGAAAAUGGAAUUUGUAACUGGGAACAGGAUACAGAAGAUGACUUUGAUUGGACCAGGAACCAGGGUCUCACUUCAACAUUUAAUACGGGGCCAAUGAAGGAUAAUACUGUGGGCACAGCUAAAGGACACUAUCUCUACAUAGAAUCUUCGGAGCCACAGGUGUUCCAAAACAGAGCAGCUUUACUCAGCCCAGUCCUUAAUGCCACUGAUACAAAGGGCUGCACCUUCCGCUUAUAUUACCACAUGUUCGGAAAGCACAUUUAUAGGCUGGCCAUCUACCAGCGAAUCUGGAGUAACACAAGGGGACAGCUGCUGUGGCAGGUAUUUGGGAACCAAGGCAACAGAUGGAUAAGGAAAUGCCUCAACGUUUCCAGCGUGCAGCCUUUUCAGAUUUUGGUGGAGGCUUCAGUGGGAGAUGGCUUCACUGGAGACAUUGCAAUUGAUGAUUUGUCAUUUAUGGACUGUACCCUGUACUCUGGUAAUUUGCCAGUGGACCUUCCAACUCCACCAGAAACUUCCAUCCCAGUGACAUUAUCUCCACACAACUGCACAGACCAUGAAUUUGCCUGCAGGUCCAAUGGUCACUGUGUUGAAAAAAUUCAGAAAUGUGAUUUUAGACAUGACUGCCCUGACAAAUCAGAUGAAUCAUCCUGUGUUAUGGAAGUUUGCAGCUUUGAAGAAGAAAGCCUGUGUAAAUGGUAUCAGCCAGCCCCAGCAAAUUUAUUCCAAGAUUUGAACACAUUCAGGUGGGGUCUUGGUAACGGACGGAGUAUUCAUCAUGGGGAAGAAAACCACAGGCCAUCGGUGGAUCAUACAACAAAUACCGUGGAUGGCUGGUACCUGUAUGCUGAUAGCUCGAAUGGAAAAUUUGGUGACAUGGCUGACAUUCUUACUCCUGUUUUUUCACUUACGGGACCAAAAUGUACCUUGCUGUUCUGGACUCAUAUGAAUGGUGCCACAGUUGGUUCUCUCCAGGUAUUGAACAAGAAAGGCAACGUUACUUCUAAAUUGUGGGCUCAAACUGGACAGCAGGGUGCACAGUGGAAAAAAGUAGAAGUGUUUUUAGGCAUUCAUUCACAUGUACAGAUUAUCUUCAGGGCAAAACGCGGCAUCAGUUACAUCGGAGAUGUGGCCGUGGAUGACAUCUCCUUCCAAGGUUGUUCCCCUUUACUUAGCCCAGACAGGAAAUGUACUGCUGAGGAAUUCAUGUGUGCUAACCAGCACUGCAUUCCAAAGGACAAGCUGUGUGAUUUUGUGAAUGAUUGUGCUGAUAACUCAGAUGAAACGACUUUCAUUUGCAGUACCACUGGUGUGCGCUGUGAUUUUGAAUUUGAUCUUUGUUCCUGGGAGCAGGAUCAGGAUGACGACUUUGACUGGAAUUUCAAAGCUAGCAGCAUUCUCACUACAGGCACAGAGCCAGCUGCUGAUCAUACCUUACAAAAUUCAUCUGGCCACUAUAUCUUUAUAAAGAGCUUGUUCCCUCAGCAGCCCAUGAGAGAAGCCAGAAUUUCAAGCCCAGUUAUAAGUAAGAGAAGCAAAAACUGCAAGAUAAUUUUUCAUUAUCACAUGUAUGGAAAUGCCAUUGGGGGCCUCACCUUGAUCCAGGUAUCAGUCUCAAACCAAAUGAAAGUUCUGUUUAACCUCACGGGAGAACAAGGCAAUUUCUGGCAGAGGAAAGAACUGACGCUGUUUGGUGAUGAAGACUUCCAACUCAAAUUUGAAGGUAGAGUUGGGAAAGGCCACCGUGGUGAUAUUGCACUUGAUGACAUUGUGCUCACAAGGAAUUGUCUAUCAUCCUACUCCAUUACAGAACCAGCAGUGCCUCUUCCAACAGGUAACUGCCCACAUGGUUAUUGGGAAUGUCAGAAUGGCAAAUGUUACAGGCCGGAGCAAAGCUGUAAUUUUGUGGAUGACUGCGGAGAUAAUACUGAUGAAAAUGAAUGUGGUAGCUCCUGCACUUUUGAGAAAGGCUGGUGCGGCUGGCAAAACUCCCUGGCUGAGAAUUUUAAUUGGGUUUUGGGGGUCGGUUCUCAUCAAAGCCUGAGACCUCCUACAGAUCACACACUUGGAAAUGAAAAUGGGCACUUCUUGUAUCUGGAGGCUACUCCUGUAGGCCUUCGAGGUGAAAAAGCACACCUGAAGAGUGCUGUGUGGCAGGAAUCCAGCAGCGCAUGCACCAUGAGCUUCUGGUAUUGCCUAUCUGCAAAAGCCACAGGGUCCAUCCAGAUUCUCAUUAAGACGGAGAAAGGACUAUCAAAAAUAUGGCAAGAAAGUGACCAGAACCCCAGAGAUCACUGGCAAAAGGCCAUAAUCCUGCUGGGAAAGUUAAGGAAUUUCCAAGUCAUAUUUCAAGGUAUCAGAACGAGAGAUCUGGGAGGAGGAGCUGCAGUUGAUGACAUUGAAUUUAAGAACUGCAUGACUGUGGGAGAGACGUCUGAGGUUUGUCCAGAAGCCACUGACUUUUUGUGCAACAACAAGAAGUGUAUUGCAUCCCACCUUGUUUGUGACUAUAAACCAGACUGCUCUGACAGGUCUGAUGAAGCUCACUGCAGCCAGUAUACAAGUACAAUAGGAAGCUGCAAUUUUGAAACUUUAGGAAACUGGACCACAGUUUGCAGUCUUACUCAAGACUCCCAGGACAACUUGGACUGGGUCAUUGGCAAGAGAAUUCCUGCUGAAGCAUUGAACCCAGAUGCUGAUCACAUGCCAGGCAAUGGGCAACACUUCCUGUAUGUCAACUCCUCUGGCCCCAAAGAAGGAUACACUGCAAGGAUCACUACUUCCAGAUACUUCCCAGCAAGCCUUGGAAUGUGUACGGUCCGGUUCUGGUUCUACAUGGUUGAUCCCAACAAUAUGGGAAUAUUAAAGGUAUACACUACUGAAGAAUCUGGGCUCAACAUUCUAGUGUGGUCAGUGAUUGGAAAUAAAAGAACUGGAUGGACGUAUGGAUCCGUUGCUCUCUCCAGUAGCAGCCCAUUUAAGGUGACAUUUGAAGCUGAUUUGGCUGGAGAUGAGAACAUCUUUAUUGCCCUUGAUGAUAUCUCUUUCACCCCAGAAUGUGAAUUUGGAGGCCCUGUCACACCACAGCCAUCACCUUGUGAAGCUGAUCAAUUCUCUUGUGUCUACACACUCCAGUGUGUCCCUCUCACGGGGACGUGUAAUGGACAGGAAGAUUGCGUAGACGGGUCUGAUGAAAUGGAUUGUUCUCUCAGCCCUCCUCCUCAACUCUGUGGUAAAAUGGAGUUCCAGUGCUCUGCAAACGAGUGUAUCCCGUCCCUCCUGCUGUGUGAUGGAGUGCCCGACUGUCACUUUAAUGAAGAUGAAUCCAGCUGCUCCAAUGAGAGCUGUACUAAUGGAGCUCUGACAUGCACCUCCUCUAACAGCUGUAUUCCAGCUCACCAGCGCUGUGAUGGUUUUACCAACUGCCAUGAUUUCCAACUUGAUGAGUCCAGCUGCUCAGAGUGCCCAGUAAAUUACUGCAAAAAUGGUGGAACGUGUGUAGUGGAGAAAAAUGGCCCUAUGUGUCGUUGUGGACAAGGAUGGAAAGGAAAUCGUUGUCACAUCAAAUCUGAGCCGCCUCCUCCUGCAGACUUCACAUCCAUGCAGAAUGGUAUCUGGACUCUCCUGGGUAUUGGACUGGCUUUUCUGAUAACUCAUAUUACAGUUGCUGUCUUGUGUUUUCUGGCAAAUAGAAAACUACCAAUAAGGAAAACUGAGGAAAGAGGUCACUGUGCAUUUGUCAAUCCAAUUUAUGGGAAUUGGAGCAACCCAGAGAAAAUGUAGGUAAGUGGCAAUGGUGGACUGUAUUCUUUUGCAGCAGGAACACACACAAGUACACACACGCACACAUGAACAAAACCAACCAUGAAGUCACUUGGACAUGU